AUGGCUAAGAGGAGAUCUUCAGGUCUACAACAUCUCAGAAUCCGAGAGGCAAUUCCCAUAUAUUUCACCAUGGUGGCAGUUUUCAUGAUACUUUUGGUGGUGUCACUUCAUGGGAUGGUACCAGCCGAUCCUGUCUUCCAGUAUAAAGUUCCUCUGGAUCCCCAUAGCUCGCUGGAACUUUCCUGGAACGUCAGCUACACAGAGAAUGUGGUCCACUUCCAGCUUCUCAUCAAACACAUACAGUUUGGGAUGGUUUUUGGGAUGUCCGACCGCGGUGACUUUGAAGGGGCAGAUGUGGCUGUUCUCUGGACUGAUGGGCAUAGAUCAUAUUUUGGAGAUGCGUGGACUGACCAGCAUGGGAAGCUUCAUCUGGAUACACAGCAAGACUACCAGCUGUUGACUGCCCGAAGGGAAUCCAAAGGCCUCUAUCUUACGUUUAAAAGACCGUUUAAGACGUGUGACCCACAGGAUUACCUUAUUGAGGAUGGGACGGUUCACCUGAUAUACGCACUUCUGGAGAAACCAUACCAAACCAUUUCUAAAAUCAAUAUUUCUGCUCUUCAUGUCCGGGGUCUUCAGAGAGUGCAGCUGCUAAAGACUGAUAUUCCUACCCCUCGACUGCCUGCAGAUGUCAAACAAAUGGAGAUCAGAGCUCCAGCAAUCAUAAUCCCAAACCGGGAAACCACAUACUGGUGCUAUAUUGUCGAACUGCCUAAAAACUUCCCAAAGCAUCACAUUCUCAUGUAUGAGCCAGUGAUUACUAAGGGACAUGAAGCUAUAGUUCAUCAUAUUGAAGUUUUUCAAUGUGCCACUGAGUAUGAAACUUACCCCCAAUACAGCGGACAAUGUGACUCCAGCAUGUCACCCGACAGGCUUAAUUACUGCCGACACGUGCUGGCAGCCUGGGCUAUGGGGGCGCAGCAAUUUUAUUAUCCAGAAGAUGCUGGGCUGGCUUUUGGUGGAGAAGGUUCUUCUAGGUUCUUGCGUCUUGAGGUCCAUUACCAUAAUCCCCUAGAGCUGAAGGGACUCCAAGACUCUUCUGGAAUUCGGCUUCAUUACACGCCAACCCUGCGCAAAUAUGACGCUGGCAUCAUGGAACUCGGCUUGGUAUAUACUCCAGUGAUGGCUAUUCCACCCAGGCAGAAGGACUUUAUACUGAGCGGUUACUGCACCGACAGAUGUACAGAGACCGCUCUCCCGCCGCGCGGCAUUCACAUCUUCGCCUCUCAGCUACACACACACCUGGCUGGCAGAGCUGUUGUCACCACCUUAGCCCGCAGGGGCAGGGAGGUGCAAAUACUAAAUGAGGAUAAGCACUACAGCGCGGAGUUCCAGGAGAUUCGCAUGUUAAAGAAACAAGUUACAGUGCUUCCAGGGGACGUACUUCUAACAAGCUGCACUUACAAUACAGAAGACAGGAGCAGAGCUACCGUGGGGGGAUUUAGUAUCACAGAUGAGAUGUGUGUGAACUAUGUUCAUUAUUAUCCACAAACUAAAUUGGAACUCUGUAAAAGCAACGUGGAUGAAGGCUAUUUACAAAAGUACUUUGGUCUGAUAACCAGGUUUAAUAGUGAUGAUGACAUAUGUUCCAACCUACCGGACCAUGCAGCUGUCACUAAACAGUUCAAUGAGGUCUCAUGGAAUUCCUUUAGUAGCCAGAUGUUGAAUUCCCUUUAUGAAUUUGCACCCAUCUCCAUGCACUGCAACCAGUCUUCUGCUAUUCGUUUCCCUGGUGAUUGGGAGCUUCAGCCAUUACCACAAAUCAAACAGAAGCUUCUGCAACCAGUGUCAGAGUGUUCAUGCCAGGAACGCACACAAUCUGCUGGCCCUACUCUUGUUAACAUUAACUAGACUGUGUCGUGAAAUGCUCACUCGAUGCCCAACUGAGUAUGUCUAAGUGAAUUGAUUGUAAUAAAUUCUAAAAAUCUGAAGAACACUCCUCCUGCAGUGAAACGUUCCUUAUCUGUUCUGUAUGGUUCCUUAUCUGUUCUGUAUGAAGUUAAAUAUCUGAGGUAUUCUGUUUGUAAUCACAUGCCUGCAGUUUAAUUAAACCUAAAUAAAAUACCUGUAGAAAUUCUGCAGACUACUACACCAGCAAAUAUACAUCUGCAACACCAACUACACCAGAAAUAGCAAAUUUCACAUAUGCUCACUUUUCAAUCAAACGCCUACAAUCUAUUGCAUCUGGAAUGAAAUAUGUUGUCUUCUACAGAACACAAGGGGUUGCAACUCAAAAUAUGCCACAGUUCUAGAAAAGGUUAAACAAACUCAAACUUUUUUUUCUAUAUCCAAAAAGUGUAAGAUAUCUAUAGGAUAAAUAAUAUAAAAAUGUAUUUUGCUAUUUAUAUUAUGUAAGUUGACAUUCAGUUGUACAACAGCCCGUGUAAGAUAUCUAUAGGAUUAAUAAUAUAAAAAUUUAUUUUGCUAUUUAUAUUAUGUAAGGUGACAUUCAGUUGUACACAGCACCAGGUAAGGGUGACCCUUUUUGUCUUAUUGCAUAGUAUUUAUAAUCAAAUGAGCUGCUGUAGAUACCAGGAUAAACAUGUAGGAAGGUUAUUUAUUUAAAACAAAAAAGAUGCCGUCCAUGAGCAUUUAAACAUUUUUUUCUUUUUUUAUAACCUGAAAAAUGUAAAAACUGUUAAAAUUAAAAAUUGAAACUAAUAAAACAGUAGAAGUUUUGUGCAUUCCGGUAAUGCAUAUUGGCUAUAGGUAGCGCAUGCUUUUGCUCAAUAGCUAAUAGGUACAAUAAAUAAUUUGUAGGAUGUAUCUGUCAAUGGUCAUCGAUAGGCAGUACAAGACCAGUUCUGCUGUAUUAGUUUAUUAGUAUCUCAAUUUUUCAUGCAAAGAAAAAUCUAAUAAUAUAUAUCAACAUGCUUAAAGGGAUGUGAAACCAAAACAUUUUCUUUCAUGAUUCAGACAGAGCAUAUACAUCUGUUAUCAAUUUUGCUUUAUUCUAUUGGUAUCCUUUACUGAAGGAACAGCAAUGCACUACUGAGAGCUAGCUGAACACAUUGGCAAAUCAAUGACAAGAGGUAUAUACUGUAUGUGCAGCCACCAAUCAACAGCUAGCUCUCAGCUUCCAAGCCUACCUAGCUAUGCUUUUCUACAAAGGAUAAUGAAUUAAAAAUGUGAGGAUUUUAUGUGCCUUCUAAUCUAACAGUAUAUAACUCAUAGUAGAACACUGAUAUAUUACGGCAUUAAAAAAACUUUUUAAAGGACCAGUAAACACAGCAGAUUUGCAUAAUCAACAAAUGCAAGAUAACAAGACAAUACAAUAGCAUUUACUCUGAAUUUCAAAUGAGUAGUAGAUUCUUUUCUAACACAUUUUAAAGUUAUAUAUAUUUCCACUCCCCCUGUACCAUGUGAUAGCAAUCAGCCAAUCACAAAUGCAUAUACGUAUAGUCUGAGUUCUUGCACAUGCUCAGUAGGAGCUGGUAACUCAAAAAAAGUGUAAAUAUAAAAGACUGUGCACAUUUUUUUUAAUGGAAGUAAAUUGGAAAGUUGUUUAAAAUUACAUGCUCUAUCUCAAUCAUGAAAAUUUAAUAAAGCCUGAGUGUCCCUUUAACUAUAUGGAUUUUUGAGCAAUGUGUUAAUUGUCAUAGGUUGAACAAGUGAGCAAUAAGUAUUGUGAUGCUUAGCGACCAAUUAUAAAUUUACUUUCUUGCUUCCAAAGAUGAAUCUGUGCAGAUGUGACUCAUGUAAAUGUACGUUAUGUUAUCCGUUACUUUAUGCUUCUUUUGUAACCUGGUGACUAUUUGCAUUGGUUUUCAUUUUAAUAAAAUACAAUUAAAAGAAA